AUGGCAGAAUUCAGUCCUUUCUGAACCGCAAUAAAUGGGCAGACGCCAGUAGAACCGGCUGGCUUGAGGCCGUAUUUUGAUCAAAUGUCGACCGGAAAGACGACUGUUGCGGAGACUACAAAGGGGAGAAAUGACAGAGAGAGUGGGCCCAACAAACUGUCUGCUGAUUACUUUUGCUUGAACUGUCAGCCCCAAAGUCGAGCCAGCCGGAGGUUCUUAUGUGCCUCUAAACAACUUCGGCAAACCGGUUGGGCUCGCAGUUUUGCUCACACACAGUCGGCCGGCAGUCGGCGCUCCUCUGGGGCACCGCCUACCUUCGGCCUCGACUAUGCAUCUCUGCGACGUCCGUCGCCGACGCCGACGUCGUCAGCGUCGGGGGCCACAGCGGCGCCGGCUUCACCGGUGAGAGGGGACGAGUCGCGAACACGCCAACCCCAGGCGGGUCAGCAUGUACAGCGGGAGCAGAAGCCGGAGCCUCAACUCCUCUACUAUCAGCCGCUUCAUCCCCAGUCGUACGCGAGCCUCCAGUCGCCGCAGCACAGCUACGGGCCGAACCAGCCGUUCAUUCAGCACCACCAAGCCGGCAUCUACGCCAGACCCAAAGAAGGUGGCAGUUCGCGUGUUGAAGCAUGCCAACUAGGCGCACUCUCAUCCGUCUCCUUUCAGCCCACAAUUCGCACUCCGCAGGAUGUGGCAAUUCGUCCUGACGCGAAGCAGCCCAUCAAACAGCCGUCUGAGAACCAGCGACAGCACUCAUACCACCACGCCAGUCACGGAUUGCAGGGGCUUCUUCCAAGUCACAUACAUGCAGCCACAGGUGGAGACAGCAAUUCCAGGAGGCUCCCCAAGAUCGGUGGUUCUAUGCCGUCUUGGUCGCCCUCAUCUAGUCACCAUACGGCCAGCAAGCAGAUGCACCUGAUGCCCACUGCCAAGACGGCAGAUACAGCUAGCACUAGCCUGGCAGGGGGGUGUGUCAAUUAA